GCCGAUCUUGAAGAACACACACACGGUUGUGAUGUUCUUCAAGAACAUUGACAAGGCUCCCUCGUAUCAUCGGUCCUUCAAGGAGCAGGGGCAGCUGGAGGUGAUCCGACCAUGUGACACACGGUUCGGGUCAGAGCAUCAGAUGGUGGAGCGACUCACCGAUCAGGAGAGGAUAUUGCGAAUGGUUGUGGGCAGUGUGAGAUGGUGGAGUAUCCUCUCGAGGGGGAAGGCAAGGCAUGAUGAGUGCCCUGUUCGACAACUUGUGUUGUCGGCGUCAUUUUGGGAUAGUGCGCACCUCGUGCAGGACGUCAUGAGGCCAACUUAUAGCCUGUUGCGUUCCAUGGGCACAGACGGUUCAUCCCCCACCACCCUUUGGACAUUUGUCGAGAGUAUUGCAGCUCGUGUGCACGACAUGGGCCUACCAGAGGCAGAUGAGACUGAGAUCAUGGAGAGGGUUAACUACCGUUGGGGCCUGAUGCGUCAGUCGGCGUAUGCGCUCGCAUACCUUGUUGGCCUGCGACGGCGUGAUGCGAAGCACGGGGUGUACCCUGCGCGGUGGUGGUACUUGCAUGGUAGCGACUUCCCGAGGCUGCAGGAAGUCGCCAUCAAGGUGCUUGCCAUGUGGUCCACUGUCUCUCCAUGUGACAGGAAUUGGACCACGCAUGACUUCAUCUACGCGAAGAGGCGCAACAGACUCUCGAGUGAUAGUCUGGGAAAGCUCGUGUUCAUUCAUUGCAACAUGCAGCUUCUGAGAGUACAAUCGACUAUCCGGAAGGGGUAUGUGGAUGUUUGGGCAGAUAUGGUGGAGAAGCCGCUAGAACCAGCAGUAGGCGAUCCUUCAGAGGAGGUGUACGCCGAGGGCAUGUCAAUUCCGGAGGAGGUAGAGGCUGACAUGCACACCCGGCCCAAGGAGGGGGGUGAUUGUGUCAGUGUGCGCCUGUUGCAGGCGCAAGAUGAUUACGAUGUGGAGGAUGAGGAUGCCAUUUACGAUGCGGAUGACGUAUGGGCAAGGAAGGACAUGAUUGAGGAGAUUGCAGUCGCAUGGAAGGGGAAGGAGAAGGUGCAUGAUGACCCGCUAGUGUCUCGUGUGUGGGACACGUGGGGGGGGCUUGAUGUUGUGGAGGACCUCAACGGGUUCCUGCAUGGCUGCAGACACACCCUUCAUAUCGUGAAGGACAUUGAGGAGUGUCGCAGGUCGGAGGGGAGCAGCAGACAGGUUGAUGAGGGUCAUCAUGUGGACACAGGCUUUCAUUCUACUGUUUUUGACGGUGAGGCAGACUGCAAUGCUGCAGCCACGGACGUAGGGUUGACACGCAUUCCUCAGAUGGCAGUGGCAUCUCAUGACAGGGAGGAGGUGUGUCCCGGUGUUGACGAGCAGGAGGCAGCUCUCGACACAGAGGAGCAGGAGGAAGCUGCCAUGACCCAUGAACAGUCGUGUCUCAUUGCAGAGGAGAUGGGGAGAGGUCAGACUGAGCAUGCCUCCCCUCCACCCACCAUCUUGGAGAUGUCAUCUGUUGUCGGGGAGGGCGAGAGAGGACGUGAGCUCGAUGAGUCGUGCGACAUGGAGACAGGUACCGAAGCGACUGCCGCACACCCACGGUCUACUCUGGGGCGAGAUGUUAUGGCCCAGUUGGGCAGUGAGCCAGAGACAGAGAGAGAGGUACAAACUUUAGUACAACCCCCUCCCAUAGCCGAGCACGUAGCUCCCGCAUCGACAAAUCCCCCUCCCACAUUUAAGAGCAUAGAGGCACAAAGAGCAUUGACGACAAUGAUUGGAGAGAGCCUUGUCACUGCGGCGUCUUCCAGCAUGCUUCGACCCAUGUCAUUCUAUACGGCUCGUCCCCUGCCCGUCUUGCACCGGUCUGUUGUGGUGCGAGGACCUGGAUUGGCUAUCCCCUUGCAAUAGUAAUCCUCGAAUUAAAUACGUUUUAGGAGAACAAUGAUUUUUCCAACAAUGAAAGCAAAUAAAGAAU